AUGAAUACUUUAAGUUCAAAUCCCAAAAAAACUAUGUUUUAUGCUGCUGCCUAAAGUAUUAGUUGUCUAAAUGUUGUAGAUAUGCUAAAUCAGCAUUCCAAUCAAUCAUCGAUGUCAACUCUAAAACGAAGUUUAUUUCAGUUGGCCUUGGUUCCACCCAAUAAUCCAAGAGAAUAACUGAAUCAAUCAUUGAAUAAUAAUUCAGAUCGAGCCAAGCAAAAUAUAUCCCUCCCCAGAAAAAGCAACAUUUUUUAAUAGGAUAGAGAUAGAUCCCUCUCUUACAAAUUAAAUAACUCCAUUGAACAUAAUACUUCUUUGGAACGUUUACAGAAUGCCUACAAUAUUAAAGGUAAUUUUUAAAUUGCAAAUGAAAAUCCAAGCUUGCUUGUUGAAAAAGAAAUUAAAAAAUAAGAGUAUUUGUUAAAUCAUUAUAUAGAUUGAAAGAAUAUUUAUUAAAAUAAAUACAAGAAAAAUAAUUAUAAUCUAAAUAAGAGUAAGAGCGAAUUAAAAUUGAAGAUCUUAAAGCUGAGGAGUUAGUUAAAAGACAAUUAGAAGAAAUUAGAAUUAGAUAAAGGUCUAAAUUUGAAAUCCCUCAAUAAUCAUAAAUCUAAGGUAGUUUUUGAUUGAUAUAUUAUUAUAUAAGAAAAAUCUGGAAUUACCAAGAAAAUCUCAAAACCCACCUAAACUAUCUGUUUCCCCUUAAAAAGAUGGACUUUUCAUGUAAAUCUACAAAUCCAAACUUACAAAUAAUAAUCAACAAAAUGAUAUACUUCAGAAAUUAAAUAAUAUCCAAGUAAUACUCACUCUAAUUUAUAGAAUAAUAUCAACAAUCUUCAAUAAUCA